CUCUCCGCGUUCGUCUCUAUUAACUGGAAAGCAAAUGUAAACUUCCGGGUACCUGGCUCCAAGACGUUAGAUAUUAGGAAUGGCGACCGGGAGAGACCAGGUCCUGGGUUGGGGCUUGGUAGGAUUAAGCAUAUCAAUAUUUAUAUACUAUACUGCUUGGAUUAUCAUUUUGCCUUUCAUUGAUGAAAGCCAGAUGAUCCACAACUUCUUCAUGCCCAGAGUGUAUGCCGUAGUAAUACCACUGUCUUCUGGUGUUCUCGGAUUGCUCAUCAUUGGUUUGUUUGUGGGAACCACCAUGCUGAAAUCAAGUCAGAAAGAAAAGAAAAACUAAUGGAUUGUUGUGUUGUGAGAAAUCAGAUUUUGUAAAGUGCUGUUGUGUGCCUUUUUGACAUUAUUGAAUCAAAGUGUUCAUUUUACUUCCAUUUAAUCAUAGAGUGAGACAUUUAAUGAAUCCAAAAGCCAAGAUAUUCAGUAUGAGCUAGUAACCCGUUUUAUGUCUAGAAGUUAUAAGAUUAGGCCUCGACAUAACAAAUACAAAUCGUAUUAUACAGAAGAACAUGUUAUUAUUUACUUACAUACGGAUAAACCAUAACAUUCUAAGUUGUAGAUUGUUGAUAAUGAAUAGAGUGGAAGAAUAGAAUUGAACUUUAUUUUUGUACUAGAUACUGAUUAGUGAAGUACCAUAAGAAUAUGAAUGUCAGCACUUAUAGGUCUUCUGUUAAGUUGUCACCAGAAAGAAUCACAGCCUUUCUUAUAUUAAUGUAGCUGAUCAGAUAAAGCAAACAAGGUAAAAACAAAACACAAACAGCAUGUUUACAGGAAACGCUACCAUUUUUAAUUACUAAUUAAGCAAAUAUAUUUUGUAAUUGUUGAACAAUUUACAUGGUAUACAAUAACUCUCAUUGUUGUAUUAUCCGUCCAGACUAUAUGUUUAAAUGUUAAAUAUAUAUUAAGCUUUGUCUAGUCAUUUUUCCCUCUGGCACUUGAUCACAGAAAAACUAUUGUGUUACCCUUUGAAUCUAAUCACUGCAGCAAAUUAAUACUCAAAUUUUCAAGUUUUUUUUAAACAUCAUUUAGUGUUUACAGACGUUGAAAAGUGCCUAUUACUUUAAUUUCAGCGCAGUGCUUAAAAGUCCUGGAAUUUUAACGUUUUGUUUUUGAAUUCUAAUGAAAGUAUUUGUCAAUGAUUUAUUGUUAGUUGCAUAACCAAAAAGAAAACGCAAAAAAUUUGAUUUGAUUUUGAAUGUACAUUGUAGUUCAUUAUCAUGACCUACUUAUUACCCAAACUGUAUCCACAAAAUAUUAUCAACUUAAGUGACUUCAGGAUUUAUCUUCUUUUCUUUUCUCCAUUGGUAAAUUAUUUUUUCAUUCAAUCUGUUCAUAAUAAGGGAGACAUACUGGACACAUAAUAUGUACAGUGUUCUAUCUUAUAUAUAUACAUUGUACAUGUAUUGUCACCAAAAAUACAUAUAUUUUUAAUAUCAUGAAAUACCUAAGCAGGUAAAGCAUCUUUGUGAUCAAGUGGAGUUGGAACAUUUUCUGUAUUUUCUUUGUCUUUAUAUCAGUAAUAUAUACAUAGUGUAAAUAUCUUGUCAUAUUCCAAUAUUUACUGAAUAUUUGAUUCAAUAGAUAUUUUUCUGACAUUCCACAUUUCUUAUUGUAAACAUGAUCCAUAAAAUUAUCCAACAGCAAACAUGCAGAUGGGUAAAAAAAUCUUAAAUGUUCAGCUGGUACUGAAAAGUUGAAGUUGUUAGAAAAACCUUACAGUAGGAAAGAGAAAAUAUAAACCUCAUCGCCACAUUUAAUAGAUAAGACUAAAUUUGAUAUUACCAGGUAUGAUAUUACCAGGUAUGGUAUGUUUUCUCUGUCACCAGUUUACACACUAUGGUUUACAUCAGAGUCCAGUAAAGUUAAAAAUACAAAUUUCAAUAUUUUUGUUAUCUAUGGCUAGAUUUGCCAUUUCACUAGCUGUAAUGUUUUAUUUCAUAUACUGAAGUUUCAACAUUUCUUCUGUGUGUGUUUUUUAUGACGAUCAAUACAUCUUACACCUGGGCACUAUACCACAAUAUAUAUAUGUAAAUUCUUAACAGUAUUUUAAGUGGCUGUCAGUAGCCCAAUUUGUUUUGUGAUGUUUGUCGAUACCAGUGCCAUGAAUGUGCAAUAAUAUAUAAAAGUUAUGUAUGAAAUAAAUAUCAGAUAUAAAAUUUCAACACUUUUGUCGAUUUAUUUUGAACUUGGUAGUCUGUAUUAUGUAACUAAAAUUAUGUUACCUGGGAAUACGACAUCAUGGAAAUGAUGAUCUCAAAGAGAACCCCCCUCCCCAGAAAAAAGUUUCACCUGGAAUUGAUGCUAAAGUUCCAUGAUACCUUCUGACAUGCACUACUGAAGCCCCUAACUACCACAUCUUGAAGGGCAUGAUGUGGUGAUUACUCAGUUGAUAUUACUCAAUUCAGUUUUCAAUACAUGCUACAAAUAUUGAUUUCCAAUAUGAAUCUAUUAUAACAAAGGUGUUUGUGAUCAGUGGAGCUUAGCCUUUGAUGACAUAUUCUGGAUACCAAUUUAUUGAUUAUCAAAGAUGUACUGUAUGUACACCUAUUAGAAAUAUAUUGUUGUUUAAGUUAAAAGUUAAAAGAAAAAAAAAAGAAAAAAA